AGCCUUAGUGUUUGUAUGAGGUUUGCCGAGUUUGUCAAAUUUCCCAUUGUUUAUUGAUUUGAUCAUGGGAGGCGACGGGCACGGACAUGGACACGGGCCUCCCUACAAGGUGCCUAGUCACGAAAUAUACAAAUGGGAAGAUGUACCCGAGUUAAAAAAAAUGCAGGAAAAAUUAGCCAAAUUAGGAUUGAAGGAUCCUUGGGCACGCAACGAAGUUUGGCGAUACCACAAAGGAUAUGGGACCCAACUCUCUCGUGGCCUCAACUGCCUUUUCCGAGGAUGGAGAGUCGCAAUUCCAGCUUUCAUUAUCACGAUAGCGGCCGAAAAAGCUCUGGGUAUCAAUUACGGAGGUGGUCACCAUUAAUUUACGCCUAAAUUUUAAUUUUCUUCUAAGAAUCGAGAAAGUUAGUGUAUAAUAUAUAAAGGGAGUAGUUCAAAAAGGAAAGCGAGUUUAUUAAAGAUUAAAAGAUCGUGAAAACAUA